AUGCGACCCGCCGCCGCAUUCGCCGCGUCCGUCUUCGCCGCUAAGGACGACGACGACGACUGGGAGGACAUCGACCCCGACGACAUCGAGUUCCUCGACGGGGAGUUCGUCGUCGAGGCCUUCGACGACGAGGACCAGCUCGCCAAGGCUCUCUGCGCGGAGGUGGAGGAGAACGCCAAGGCGUGCCUCGCGGAGAGGGGCGGAUUCACCCUCGCGGUGCCCGGCGGUUCCGUCGCCAAGGCUCUCGCGGGUUUGAAGGACGCCAAGGGGAUCGACUGGUCCAAGGUUCACCUCUUCUUCGUCAACGAGCGCGUCCCGGACGGCAAGUGCCACAAGCUCGCCAUGGACACCUGGGUCGGCGCGGUUGGCAUGCCCGACGCCAACGUGCACAAGCCGGAUGCCGGCGGAUCCGUGGAGGAGGAGGCUGCCGCGUACGAGGCGCAGAUGCGAACGCUGGCGGAGCGCGACGACGACGUCAUGAUGCUCGACGAGGUCAACGGCCUGCCCGUCUUCGACCUCAUCCUCCUGGGCAUGGGCGCCGACGGCCACGUGGGUUCCAUCUACCCAGACUCGGCCGCGCUCAAGGAUGAGACUGGCGCGGCAGUGCUCGGAGUGGACAUGCCGGGCAAGCGCUCCAUCACGAUGUCCCUGCCCCUCAUCAACACCGCGGAGAGGGUCGUGGUGGCCGCGAGCGGGACGAAGAAGGCGGAGACGGUGAGGGCGGUGCUCGAGGACGACGAGAGCGAGUUGCCGGGGGCUUGCGUCGACGCGUUCUCCACCAUCUUCUUCCUGGACUCGGGCGCCGCAUCCAAGCUGGUGGCGUACGCCGAGGAGGAGGAGUGA